AUGACGUAUGGUGAUGCCUUCCCUUAUUCCACCCCGCUUCUCAUGGAUAUUUCCGACACCUUCCCCUUGACGGAUCUCAUUUUCGAUCUUGAUUCCUGUGCUUCUGGAGAGAACAUACGCUAUUAUGGGGAAGCCGAAAAUCUCAGAUUGGACAUGGAUUUCUUUUGGUACAUGGCCUUCAGGGAACAUCUUGGUCAACAUAUGGAAGAACAUAUCUACAAAACAUAUGCUGUCGUGGUGCUGAAAAUUCUAGAUUUGACAAAUGGAAUUCUUUUGCACCGGGAGCACGUUGAUACGCCUGGUAUCAGGCUACCCAUAGAUUUUGCGAUUUUACAUCAGUUUAUGCAAUCUACAAGCGGUACAGAGAGCUACAGUGGAGGCUUCGUGCUGGUAGCUAAAUACUACAUAAAGAAUGAAAGCACGGCAGUACAGAAUGGACUUAGAAACGAUGUCUCGAAGAGUCAAUUCUACCAGCCGUCAACACGCCAAGCUAAGCCCCACCUAAACAAGACUAUUACAGUCAAAUCUCGGGGACUCAUCUGUAUGGAGUAUAAAAACCAAGAAGUUAAAGAAUGGAAUGAACUAGAUGCCUUGUCGCCUUGA